AUGUGUGGUAUUUUUGCUUGUUAUAAUCAUCCCAACGUCAACCAAUUCAAGCCAAAGGCUUUGAAGUUGUCCAAAUUGAUUCGUCACAGAGGUCCUGAUUGGUCUGGUAACAUCAUUCAAAACAAUUCCAUUCUAACCCAUGAACGUUUGGCUAUUGUUGGUUUAGAUUCUGGUGCUCAACCAAUAACUUCUCCAGACAAAUCUUUAUCCUUGACUGUCAAUGGUGAAAUUUAUAACCAUAUCCACUUAAGAACCGUUGAAUGUCCAGAUUACCAAUACAAAUCUUUAAGUGAUUGUGAACCAAUUAUCCCCUUAUUCCAAAAAUACGACAUUGAAUGUCCAACCUAUUUGGAUGGUAUGUUUGCCUUUGCUCUCUACGAUUCCAAAAACGACAGAAUUAUAGCUGCAAGAGACCCAAUUGGUGUCAUUACUCUUUAUAUGGGCAGAUCUUCUAAAAACCCUAAAAGUGUUUUCUUUUCUUCCGAAUUGAAAUGUCUUGUCGAUGACUGUGAUGAUAUAAUUGCCUUCCCCCCAGGCCACGUUUACGACUCCAAAACAGAUAAGAUAACAAGGUAUUUCAAACCUACAUGGUGGGAUCAAGACAAAAUUCCUUCCACACCUAUUGACUAUAAAAAAUUAAGGCAAACUCUUGAACUAGCCGUUAGGAAAAGAUUAAUGGCCGAUGUUCCUUUUGGUGUCUUAUUAUCCGGUGGUUUAGAUUCUUCUUUAAUUGCUUCAGUUGCUGCAAGAGAAACUGCUAAGGCUGCUGCUGCAGUUAACACUGACGAAGAAAUUGAUGCUAAUGAAGUUUUGGCCGGUAUUGAUGACGAAGGUAACCUUCGUUACACUGGUUGGUCCAAAUUACAUUCUUUUGCUGUUGGCUUGCCUGGAGCUCCAGAUUUGAUUGCUGCUAAAAAAGUCGCCAAAUAUAUCGGUACUGUUCAUCAUGAGCACCAUUUCACUCUCGAAGAAGGUCUAGAUGCUUUGUCUGAUGUUAUUUACCACUUGGAAACCUAUGAUGUCACAACCAUCAGAGCUUCAACUCCAAUGUAUCUUUUAAGUAGAAAAAUCAAAGCACAAGGUGUCAAAAUGGUUCUAUCUGGUGAAGGUUCUGAUGAAAUAUUUGGUGGUUAUCUUUAUUUUGCUUCUGCUCCAUCUCCAGAAGAAUUCCACACUGAAUGUAUCAAAAGAGUUAAGAACUUGCAUUUGGCCGAUUGUCUUAGAGCUAACAAGUCCACAAUGGCUUGGGGUCUUGAAGCAAGAGUUCCUUUCUUAGACAAGAACUUCUUGGAAUUGACCCUCAACAUUGAUCCAAAAGAAAAAUUGAUCAACAAACAAAGAAUUGAAAAAUACAUAUUACGUAAGGCCUUUGAUACCACAGGUGAGCCCGACCUUAAGCCUUACUUACCUGAAGAAAUCUUAUGGAGACAAAAAGAACAAUUCUCUGAUGGUGUUGGUUACGGUUGGAUUGACUGUUUGAAGGACACUUCUGAGCUCAAAGUUUCCGACGAAGAAUUCAAUAACCCAAAACCUCACUGGGGCGAUGAUAUUCCAACCACAAAGGAGGCCUACUGGUACAGAUGCUUAUUUGAUGACUUGUUUCCUCAAAAGGCUGCUGCUGACACUGUCAUGAGAUGGGUUCCAAAGGCUGAAUGGGGUUGCAACGAGGAUCCCUCUGGUAGAUACCAGAAGACUCAUAAAGACCAUGUCAAAGAAAUUGAGGAAAACUAA